UCGAGGAAGAAUUUCAGAACUGUAGCUGCGCCCAUGGCUGUUUCAAUCGAGAAGGAAACCCCUAUCCCUGAACGCCCCGAUACUUUUCUUACUGAAUACGACGAGGCCACGGGAGGCAUUUCUUCGGCCUCGUCCUCUGUUAGGGCUCGCUUCGAGAAGAUGAUUAGGGAUGCUCAGGACAGCGUUUGCAAGGCGAUUGAGGAGGCGGACGGAGGGGGGAAGUUUAAAGAGGAUGUUUGGUCGAGGCCUGGAGGUGGCGGCGGUAUCAGCAGGGUCCUCCAGGAUGGUGCCGUUUGGGAGAAGGCUGGUGUCAAUGUCUCUGUUGUGUACGGAGUUAUGCCCCCGGAUGCUUACAGAGCCGCCAAAGCUGCCGCCGGCGAUCAGAAGCCCGGUCCCAUUCCAUUCUUUGCCGCCGGCAUUAGCUCAGUUUUACAUCCUAAGAACCCGUUUGCACCAACUUUGCAUUUUAACUACCGAUAUUUUGAGACUGAUGCCCCUAAAGAUGCACCUGGUGCGCCUAGGCAAUGGUGGUUCGGUGGUGGAACAGAUUUAACUCCUGCUUACAUCUUCGAGGAGGAUGUUAAGCACUUCCAUUCGGUACAAAAAAAUACUUGUGACAAAUUUGAUCCAUCCUUCUAUCCUCGAUUCAAAAAAUGGUGCGAUGACUACUUCUAUAUCAAGCACCGAGGCGAAAGACGAGGGCUUGGAGGAAUAUUUUUCGACGAUUUAAAUGACUAUGAUCAGGAGAUGCUUCUAUCCUUUGCCACCGAGUGUGCCAAUUCUGUGGUUCCUGCCUACAUACCCAUUAUAGAGAAAAGGAAGGACACGCCGUUUACUGAACAGAACAAAGCAUGGCAACAACUGCGCAGGGGCCGCUACGUGGAAUUCAACUUGGUUUACGAUCGUGGAACUACAUUCGGACUGAAAACAGGUGGUCGGAUCGAAAGUAUUCUGGUCUCUCUUCCUCUAACAGCUAGAUGGGAAUAUGACCAUAAACCAGAAGAGGGAAGUGAGGAAUGGAAGUUAUUGGAUGCAUGCAUUAACCCAAAAGAGUGGAUCUAAUAUUUGCUUUUGCUUUGCUUUGAGUACUAAACAUAGCUUCAUGUGAGCAAUAUGGGUCCUUAAAGGUUACCCAAUGCGGCGGCUUCUUUGCUGUACUCUAUCUCCUUCCUCUCCUGGUUUUGCUUUUGUGUAUGUUUUCUUCUAGAUGGUUGUAGUGUAGCUUCGUCAGAAUGAUAUAUAUGUAAUUUAAAUGUAGCUUUUGCAGAUUAGCUGACUCGUUUGGAAUAAUUUAAAUGUAUAAUUUCAUUGUGUAAAUGGAUUUUUGCAGCCCCAAGGACAGUCUAGUCGGUAAAGAUUUGAGA